CCGGUGCGCUCCUGUCGUCCAGGCAUAGCGUCGAGCACAUGGCGCGCGCCCUCCUCCGCCGCCGCGGCGCGCUCUCCUCUCUCCUCUCGCCGGCCGCCCCCACGGCGCCCAGUCUGCUCCCGUCAUUCUCCUCCGCCGCCCUCGCGCAGCUGCGCUCCCCGCUCGACGAACGCCUGCUCCGCCUCCUGCGCUCCGAGAUCUCCUACGUCGCCGACCGCCGCCCUCCCCACCAGCCGCCGACGGGCUUCAAGUCCUUCGCCGUGGAGGACCGCCCGGGGGAGCAGUGGGUGCGCCUCCGCGCCGCCCGCCGCGGCGCCGGGGUCGGGGCCGAGGAGGAGGCCAUCAAGAUCGACGCCACCUUGUUCGACGGCGUCGCGGAGCUGCCCCCCGACGCGUCCCUUUUCAACCGGGUCGAGGCGCUCGAGCAAGGGCCGCGCCUCCACCUCAGCCUCAUCGUCGAGGUCGCCCGAGCCGACCGCGUCCUGGGGUUCAUCUGCUCCGCCUGGCCUGACAACCUUACCGUCCGCCACGUGCUCACCCUCAGGGGCGCCGGCGCCGCCACCGAUGACCGUGGUGCCCGCGACUUCACGAAGCUGGAGCCUGCGGAGAGGGAGGCGGUGAAGAAGUUCCUGCAGGAGAGGGAGGUGGACGCCGAGCUUGCGGAGUUCUUGCACGACUACGUGGCGAACAAGGAGAAGAUGGAGAUGCUCCGGUGGCUGAAGACAGUCGAAUCGUUUGUCGAGAAGUAAGCCAUGGAGUUGCAGGCUUGUUAGCAGGACCACCCCACCGGUAUAAGCAUGGUUGGUUUUAGAAGGUGUUAUGCCGACAACUGAGAUGGCAACGAAUCGGUUCCAGCAAGCGGUGUCAAGACACGCUCUCCUGAAUGCCUUGUGAACCACCGAUAUUCUUCUCCCCUUUACGACCGUCUCCUUGAUUAGGUUGUUUCCGAAGAAUCUGGGUUCAGCUGAGCUACCUAUCUGAAUAUGGUGUAAAUUCUUUGGUUGCUCCACUGAAACUACAUGUAUUCUCUUCUUAAUAAAAAGUUGUUCGUUCUGAGUUUGUGGUA